AUAGGCGGGCGGCUAUUAUGCGACAUAUGCGUAUAAAACCGCCGCACGAGCACCCUCGGCGUUCACAUAACGUUGGGACGCACUGCACCGCACGCAAAAUGAAGUUUUUGGCCGUAGUUCUUCUUGCGUUAUGGCGCCAAGCUUCCGGCAUCGUCCCUGUGUCUCCUUUGGGGUACGCGCGGCCAGCGUUCGCCCCGCUAGGUGUAGCACCCGGAUUGGCCCCGUUAGGCGUGGCACCAGGAUUGGCACCGCUGGGCGUAGCGCCGAGAUUGGCACCCAUCGCAGUAGCACCUAGGGUCGCUGCAGUCGCCCCGGCUGUCGACGAAUACGACCCAAACCCGCAGUAUUCUUACGCCUACGAUAUUCAGGAUGCUCUUACUGGUGACUCAAAGAGCCAUCAGGAGUCGCGGUCCGGCGACGUGGUGCAGGGCUCGUACUCGCUGGUGGAGCCGGACGGCACGCGGCGCGUCGUGGAGUACACUGCCGACCCGCACAACGGCUUCAACGCCGUCGUCCACAAGGAGCCCCUCGGCGCCGCCGUCAAGGCUGUCGCCGCGCCCGCCUAUAUCCACUAGCCGAACAAUCAUCCGAAACUCGAACUUUCGUUAUUUGCCUCUCUAUCACUCUUACGCAUUCGA